AUGGCCAGUGCUUAUGAAGGCAAUGUGGAAGCGCAAGUUGCGGUCAUCGUUUUCUCUGAGGACUACGCUUCCUCAUCAUGGUGUUUGGAAGAGGUGGCAAAAAUCAUGAAUUGCAAGGCACAAAAGGACUUGAUUGUGUUGCCGGUGUUUUACAAAGUGAAACCAAGAGAAGUGAGAGAGAGGAAAGGGAGUUAUGGGAGAGCCAUGGCUAAACAUGAGUCUGAAUUUGGAAAGGAUUCACACAAAAUGAAUCGAUGGAAGAAGGCUCUUUUUGAUGCCAGUAAAUUGUCUGGAUGGCACUUUAAUAAUGAAGUUGAAGUAGAGCUUAUAGAGAAAAUUGUAAAGGAGAUCUCUAACCAGUUAGACCGAAGACCCUUACAUGUUGCUAGGCAUCCAGUUGGGAUACAUCCUCGCGUGGUAGAGCUGGAAUCAAUGUUAAAACUUGAGUCUGAUAAUGAUGUUCUCAUGAUAGGAUUAUGGGGACCGGGAGGCAUAGGGAAGACAACAUUAAGUAAAGCCCUUUACAAUACUAUAUUUAGACAAUUUGAGGGUUCAUGUUUUUUGGCAGAUGUUCGUAAAACUUCAAAAGAUUCCGAGGAUCUAGUUCCUUUGCAGAAAAAAUUAUUGUCCAAGAUAUUACCAAGACGAAGAGUAGUGGUAUCUAGUGUUGAUGAAGGUAUUAAUUUAAUGAGAGAUAGACUUUGCCACAAGAAAGUCCUCCUUGUUCUCGAUGAUGUCAAUGACGUAAGACGGUUAUAUGCUUUAGCUGGAGAGCCGGAGGGGUUUGGUGAAGGAAGCAGGAUCAUCAUUACUACAAGAGAUGAGCAAUUGCUAACUUCUCAUGGGAUAGAUGAAGAUCACAUCUAUGAAGUUGAGCCUCUAGAGUAUUGUGAUGCUCUUGAACUUCUCAAUGGACAUGCUUUUCGAAGAAACAACAAAAAAAUAAUAAGGAAGGAUCUUGUGGAUAGGGUUUUGCAUUAUGCUAAUGGACUUCCUUUAGCACUUGAGGAAUUGGGUCGUUCCCUGUGUUGUAGGAGAGAACGUGAGUGGGAAAGUACAUUGCAUAAUCUCGCCAAGUUUCCUAACAAAUUCAUCAAUGAUGCUCUUAAGUGGAGUUAUGAUGGACUAGAGGACUAUGCAAAGGAAAUCUUCCUUGAUAUUGCUUGUUUCUUCGAGGGGCAAUCUAAAGAGUAUAUUAUGAAAGUUCUUGACUCUUGCAACUUUGACCCUACAAUUGUAGUGCAAGUUCUUGCUGAGAAGUCCUUGAUAAUUAAAGAGAGAGAGAUCCUACGAAUGCGUAACUUGAUUCAAUUGAUGGCCAUGGAUAUCAUUAGACAAGAAUGUCCUAAUGAUCCUGGAAGACGUAGCAGGUUAUGGCUUUUUGAUGAUUUUCAUAAUGUUUUGUCAAGGCAUUUAGUAAGAUUUGCUGGUAUUGAUAUUUAUUUUGCUCUCAUUGUUUAA